AUGGCGAGGCAGCAGAAGGCAGUGUAUGUGCGUCCGAUCAAAGACCUGAGUGUGGUGGCAGGUCGAGUGUCCGAGCAAGUUUGUGGCCGUCUGGUGCAUCAUUUCAAUGAAACGUUUAAAAAGGGCUCCAGCAAGACUGUGGCAGUCAUUGUGGAUGGUGAAUCGCUUCGAUCGGUGCUAGUGUUGGAAGCUUGGUCUGCCGCAGAUCAAGCACACAUGAAUCAGAGUCUUCUGCCUCAUGCCGGAAAGGUUGUGAGUGUGACCAAUUUCAAGCUACAGAGCAAAGGCCGUUCGCUGGUGUACUUUGAUCGUGAUUUGAAAGUUGCAUUUGACAAGUUGACUAAGGUUGCUCUGGGGGCAGGAGAUUAUCCUACUGCUUUGCCAUUGCUACCAAAUGUCAAAGACGCAACCCUUUGCAAUGGUUCCUGCAUGGUCUCAAUGGAAGUUGUGCUACUUGAAGAUGCUGCGACAAGUGAAGCCAAAAUUCAGGGAGGUGGAACAAAGAGAGUGUGCAAUGCCAAGGUGGCGAGCGGAGAUUGCAGCCUGAAUGCGGCUUUUUGGCAUCCUUUGUCUGAGGACAUGGCCACGGCUUCCAAGAAUGGAGUCUAUCGCCUUGAUUGGAUGAUGCUGAUUCCUGAAGGCCCUGGCAAGUUCAAAUUGACUUCCGGCUCCGGAAGUUUAGUGCAGCAGCAAGUUGGAGAUGUCGCGGAAGCGACCAGAGGCAAGCUUGCUGUAGCGGAGGACAUCAAGAGCUUGUCGACGCCCUAUGGCCGGUCGCGUGAGGAAAAGCUGAAGCAAAUGUUUUCUGGAGGAAGCUUGACGACUUUGCAUCACAUCAUGCAUUUGGAUCCAUCCACAGGAAUCUACCAAGGGAAAAGCAUGAUGAUCCCGGCAGUGUUUGUGAAGGACAUUCGUGGGAUGAAUAGUGACAAUUCGGACAGCCUGUGGUAUCUUGGAUGUACUACUUGCAAAAGGCAGUUGCAAGAGAAUAACAGUGUCUUGACGUGUGAAGUCCAUGGACCAAAUGCAGGCAAAAAAGUCUAUGGCGCUCAACUGCUGUUUGCCGACCCCACGCGGACUUUGGAAGUGGCAGUGUGGGAGGAUGCCUUGAAAGCCUUGGCUUUGUCUAUGGCUCCUGCCAAUUUCAACAUGGAUGAGCCCGAGCAAACGCAGAAUUUGCUGGCUGGCGUGAUGAUGCAGAAGCUGUGCCUGCGUGUUGAAUUUGGUGUGAACAAGGCAGGCACAGGCACAUAUUACGAUGUUUUUGACAUCAGUCCACAGGUGACAGAGGAUGGUGUAGCUGGAGCUUUCAAAGCGCUUGCGUCAGAUGUCUUCUUUGGCACUCCUGGCAUUGUGCCUGCUUGUUGUCAGAGCGUCCGAAUGAAUGAGCAUGAUCAGUUGCAAGUUCAUGUUGCUGACAAGGUGCAUACUGUGGACUCAGUGCAUUUGUUCUGUCAAGUACUUCAAAAACCACAGGUGAAAGUGAUGCAGGACAUGGAUGGCAUUGAGAUUGAAAUGCCUUGCGCUUGCAGCAUCUGCGGCGCUCACAUCAAGCUUGUGGCAGCUGGAGUGCCGACGUCUGUGCAGGAGUUCAUGAUGGUGCAACAGAAGAAGUGGGUGAAUGUUCUUUGCCAAAGGCGUUGGCCAGAUGGAGGAUUCUUAGUGGCGCAGUUCAAGGAGGAGACAAAUGACACAAAACUGGAGAUGCUGAAGAAGUUGUUCAAGUUCGAAUGCCAGCAGGUUUUAGAGUAG